AUGUAUGCGAAUUGUGGGGAUUUGGUUGGUGCUCGCCUUUUGUUUGACGAAAUGUCAGAACCUAAUUUGGUUUCUUGGACGAGUAUGUUAUCAUCGUAUGUACAACAUGGGUAUGAUGAUCUCGUUAUGCAGCUGUUUUCUUUCAUGUGUCGUACAGGCCUACGGCCGAAUGAUUUUGGGUUGUCAUCAGCGCUCAAGGCAUGCAAAAUUAAUGGUGAAUUGGUGGCGGGUAAGCUCCUUCAUGGGCUUAUAAUCAAAUGCGGUUUCAAAUAUAAUGCAUUUUGUAGUAGUUCUGUUCUUGACUUUGCUAUCAUUGAGAUGUAUGUUACUUUCGAAAUGAAAGCUGAUGCUUAUAAAAGAUUCCUUGAUGUUAGAGAUAAGAAUGAAAUAUGCUUCACUGACAUGAUUUCUAGUUUUAUUUCAGAUUCCGAUGACGCAGAUCUUAAUAUGUUGGAAGAAGCCAAAACCAUUCAUUCACACAUUAUGAAAGCCUUUGGGGAAUACGAUCUAUGCCUAGGAAAUGCUCUCAUCGAGAUGUAUGCAAAAUGCAAAGGAGUUGAUGAAGCUGCUAUGGCCUGUUCAGGACUAGCAACACUUGAUCAAGGAAGACAGACCCAUGCCUACGACAUAAAAUCAGGAUUUCAGUCCAACGCCUUCAUUGGAAGUGCACUAAUAGACAUGUAUGCAAAGUGCAGUGGUGUAAAUGAUGCUUUUCGAGCAUUCUCCAACAUGGGCGAACAAGAUCUUAUCACAUGGAGCACCAUGAUGGCAUCAUAUGCACAACAUGGGCAUGGUGAAAAAGCUCUGAAGCUUCUCUCAAAAUUUCAAGACAAGCCAUCAGUUCCUGUCAAUGAUUCCAUCUUGUCUAGCUGCCUAUCAGCUUGUGCUAGCUUGGUAGCAUUGGACAUGGGCAAACAAAUUCAUGCCAGAACCAUCAAAACUGGAUUCAAAUCUCAUUUACAUGUCAAUUGCGGCAUCAUCGACAUGUAUUGUAAAUGUGGAAGCAUUGAAGAUGCAUGCAAGUUUUUCGAUAAGAUGGGGGGACAUAAUGUGGUGUCCUGGAUAGCAAUGGUGUCCGGAUACGCCCAUCACGGGCUCGGAAAGGACGAUAUUGAACUAUUUGACAAGAUGAAAGAGGCUGGGGUGGAUCCUAGCUAA